AUGAAGCGCGCCGGGUUCAUGCAGAAGCACCUGUGGGUAACCCCGUACGACCGCGACGAGAUUGCGGCCACGGGCCCGUAUCCUAAUCAGCACCCUGGCGGAGCAGGGCUGCCGGAGUACACCAGGAACGACCGAGCGAUAGAGGACACGGACUUGGUGGUCUGGUACACCCUAGGCUAUCACCACGUACCCCGUCCGGAGGACUGGCCCAUCUCUCCAGUGGCCUACUGCGGCUUCAGCCUGAAGCCCGUCGGGUUCUUCGAUACAAACCCUGUGCUGGACGUGCCCCCGUCGCAUCACGCCAACGGCCACUGCCAUACCUGA